UCGUCCUUGGAAAAUAAUCGCGCGACGUUUCGUCUGUUGAAACGUCGGUUGAAAAUUGAAACGAUUUGAGAAUUCGAAGAGAGGGCCGAGGGCCUACGAAAAGCCGGAGGACGAGGUUUUGUAGCCUGAAGUACAAAAGAAAUUGAAAAAUGUCUAAUUUCAAGGAAGAGUCUAGGUGGUCGAAUAUAGCGUUACGUAUAUUAGUGAACACCGCGUCACACCCUAUAGAAUAUGCCAAAGUUUUAAUACAGAUCGGCCACGAGCCUAUUCCUCCCCGAGCAACAACCACGCUGUUUGGUCAACCAGCCCUAGCAUUGCCAAAUCUUUUCCAGUAUGUAAAAUACAUAAAGACGGUGGAUGGUUUUACGGGAUUGUAUCGUGGACUCGUUCCUAAGCUUUGUGCAAAUGCCAUUAGUACAGUUGCCUUUCAGAAGACUGCGGAAAGCAUUACUUUCGUCAAUGAACCCGACCCUCAAAUAGAUGAAGAUGACUUACCAGAGCAUGAAAGGCGAACUAGGUGUAUCAAUGAACUUGUCAGAGAUUUGGCGAGUAGAAUAGUUGCAAUUAUUGCCAGUCACCCGUUCGAUGUUAUUACGCUACGAAUGAUGGCGCAAUUUGUUGGAGGAGAGACCAAAUACACCAGGGUAUUUGGGUCUGUCGUCGAGAUCUACAGGGAAAAUGGAAUCUCGGGCUACUUCGCGGGCCUGGUACCCCGCCUCUUGGGAAACAUCGCUUCGUUAAUCAUAGCUAGCACAGCGACUUACGCUAUCAACAAGUACAUCGUUUACGAUCGUGAGAUGCGAAGCUAUACGGCAGCGACUAUGACAUUCCUCGCAAGUGCCGUAACGUAUCCAUUUUUAGUCGUAUCACAUUGUAUGGCGGUGAACGAUUGCGGAUUGGUGGCUGGUCUCCCGCCACAAAUGCCGAUCUACGAAAGCUGGACGCAUUGCUGGUCUCAUCUUUCCGCAAACAAUCAACUGAAACGUGGAAGUAGUGUCUUGUGGCGCUACUACACCGGACCUCAAGUUAUCAUGAACGGUAAACCAAUACGCAUAAGCAAGGAAAAUUUUUACCUACAAGGUACGCAAUGAUCGUAAUCCCCUGAACAAAAACGUAAGUAAUUAAAAUUCAUUAAAAGUAACUCCGACCUGGAGCGUGAAAUUGUACAGCGAACAAAGUUGUGUAUUAUAUUGUACUAUUCGUGCAUUUCUUAGAGAAUUAUAUUAGACCUCAUGACCCGGAAGUAAUAAAUAAUAGUAGAUACAUUGAAAUUGUGUUUGAAGUGACGUUAGCAAAUUUGUAUACUUGGCAGGGACACCGAUGAGAGUAUGACAAUAAUUUUCAACUUUUAACUUCACCCACUCUUGGGAAUGAAAGUACGAAUAGAGAUUCUGAUUUUAUGUUGCUGAGUUUCGGUCGUUUGCUUGGGUUAAAAGUGACGAGGUUAUGUGGAUGGGUGAAAAAUAAACAAUCGUUCUUAUUAAAAAAGCUUACCCGACUACUUUAUUUUAACAUCUCUACAGAUAAAUAAAAUUAAAAAUGUGGAUAAUACAUUGUCUAAAGCAAGAACGUUGUAGUUCAUGUAUUAUACAAAUUUUGAAUCGUUCUUUCUCUCCUUAUUUCUCAUUCUUUUUCUUUACCGAGUAUGGAACAAAAUUUGUGAAACUAAUCGGUAAUUGAACGAUGUAUGGAUCAUCGUAGAACAUUAGCUGCAUAUUUUAUAUAUAAACAGGCUCUUCUUAUCAACGAGUAAUUAAUAUAAUCAAUAAUUUAUAUCUCAAUAUUUAGAAGCAAAUACUAGGUAUCUGAUCGUAUCUAUUCUACACAUUUAUAAAAAUUGGUUAAUCUUUAUUGCCUAAGCGUUUCAUAUUUAAAUAUACAGUAUUACAUAAGAUUCAGGUGUGUUUCAAUAUUGUUGUUAAUAAUCAAAUUAGCUAAUCAGAUGGUAAAAAUCAUUGUGAAAUGAAGAAAAAAUUUUUUGUCUCACGAUAACGAUGACACAAAUAAUCAUAAUACCUUUUACCAUCCAUUUGUUUCCUUUUAUAUAUCAUCUGUCAAAAUAUAGUGAGGCGAACAUUGAGCAAUGGUUCUAAGAUUAUGGACUUGUCGUUACAAAUUACAUGAAUCGUCAAACGAUAUUUAUCAAAAAUUACAAUUGAAAUUCAAAAGAAAUAAAAGUAAUUAAAUUACAA